AUGGCCUACGCAUCCGAUGUAACGUCAUCAGAGAUCCGCCUAGAUUUCUUCUACGACCUCCAACAGAGAGAAUUCAUCAUCCGCUUCGAGUCUCGCAGCCAGACAGCGGCGUACCAAACCAAAAAUAACGAGGCGCGCAUCUUUGAUGACCGCAGGUACGAGGCUUGGCUCCCAAUGACUCGAGAAAUGCGAUACCUGCGAAGCAGUUCCCUCGGCAUGGCAGUGGUAUUUGACUCUGAGGACACGGCCAAGAAAUGGCGAGAUAAGUCUGUUUUAGGUGAUCUGGUGACAUUUGAUCGGGGUGUUCAUGGUGUCUUUUUCAACAGGAGCUGGACUCAGGCGAAGUUGAGGGAGAGAAUUGGCGACUUUAGACAGAGUUUGGUUGUACCGUAUCCGACUGGAGAUGGAGUUACUCGUCCUGUUUCACGGGAAGGGCGCCCAACGCCAGAGAGGACUGGCAUUGAUGUGGGAGUUAUAGAUGUUGCAGCAACGAGACAGAGCGAGCGUGCAGUCUGGUGA